GCCUGGAACAAGAGGAUGAUUUGGAAGUGGCUGGGCGCUUUGUUGCUCUUCCCCGUGCAGAUGGUUUAUCUGGUGGUGAAAGCUGCCGUGUGCAUGGUGCUGCCGCCCAAGCUCCGAGACCUGUCCGGGGACAACGUGCUGGUCACCGGCGGGGGCAGAGGCAUCGGUCGCCAUCUGGCCAGGGAGUUUGCUAAACGGGGAGCCAGAAAGAUCAUCCUGUGGGGUCGAACUGAGAAAUGCCUGAAGGAGACCACAGAGGAAAUCAGGAUGAUGGGGACGGAAUGUCAUUAUUUCAUCUGUGAUGUAGGAAAUCGAGAGGAGGUCUACCGGCAAGCGAAAGCUGUGCGGGAAAAGGUGGGUGAUAUCACUAUCCUGGUGAACAAUGCUGCUGUGGUCCAUGGAAAGAGCCUGAUGGACAGCGAUGAUGAUGCACUGCUCAAAUCACAGCACAUAAACACCUUGGGACAGUUCUGGACCACCAAAGCAUUCCUGCCAAGGAUGCUGGAGUUGCAGAAAGGACACAUUGUUUGCCUGAACUCUGUGCUGGCCUUGUCAGCCAUCCCUGGUGCCAUUGACUAUUGCACCUCCAAAGCCUCAUCCUUUGCCUUUAUGGAGAGCCUGACGCUGGGGCUGCUGGACUGUCCAGGAGUGAAUGCCACAACAGUCCUGCCCUUCCACACCAGUACAGAGAUGUUUCAGGGCAUGAGAAUCAGGUUCCCUAAUCUUUUUCCUCCUCUCAAGCCAGAGACAGUGGCUAGGAGGACAGUAGAAGCAGUUCAGAUGAAUCAAGCCUUCCUGCUCCUUCCAUGGACAAUGCAUGUUCUUGUCAUCCUAAAAAGCAUUCUCCCUCAGGCAGCACUUGAAGAAAUCCACAAGUUUUCUGGGAGCUAUACCUGCAUGAACACUUUUAAAGGACGAACAUAGACUUGGUGGUGCAAGGACUAUUCUUCAGUGAAACCAACACAAGCAUGAAAUCCUGACAAGACUGUGAAUCAGCAGGCUUGGCUUUUAGCCUGUUCAUGUGACUUGCACUGCUCUGAGGCAACACAUUUCUUGCAGGUCAUAUCCAUAGUAACACAACCUUUGCACAGGAUUGAAUGACUAGACUAUGGACUCUUGGAAAGAAAAACAAAAAGUGUGAAAUGUUUAUAUAUGAUGUUUAAUUCUUUAGAGCUCAACUGUUAAAUCUACUCAUAGUUUUAAGAUGUAAUUUUUGUUUUCCAAGUGUCUGUAGGCUGUCUCAGCUGAGAGGCAGCACAUCACACCCCGGACAUACUUUGUCUCCUCUCUUCAGAGGAAGCAAU